AAGCAGUGUUAUCAACGCAGAGGAAAGGUACAUUUUAUGAAAGUUUGAUGGUGACAUAAAAAAUCGAUUCAACCGAAGUCAUUAUGUAUAAAGCUGGUUUGUGUGAGUUUUUUGUUUAAGGUCUUACUAAAUAACUUGAACUAUUUUUGAUAAAUUACUCUUAAAAAUGGUGUAUGUUUUAGAUUAUGAUAAUGUAUAAGUAAAAUGAAUAGAAGGUGUAGUUGAAGAAUUGCAUGAUAAACUGAUUUAAAAAUAAUCAUUGUCAGUAAAUAAUUGCAUUUCAUGGGAAUUUCUUGACGUUUUCGGUUAAUAUUUGAUCUUUUUCUUAUCCUACCUAAGAAUGAUAAUACGUAGUUAUUAAAAUGACCGUCUGCUAUCACACACCGACGCAGCUCUGUGUUAGUAAUUGUUAAAGAAUCUUUUUUUUUUAAUUGGGGAAAGUUUACCUGGUUGCUUGGACACCCAGAUUCUUUAUUAUUUUAAAUGAAUGUAUACAAUCAUCAUAUAUGCAUGAUAAAUUCCUUCACGCUGUUAGGAAUGUCAAUAACUUAGUUUUAAAUGUUAUUUCUUGUGUAACGAUAAACGUAGAUUGAAAGUUGCAAGGGACAGUAUAUCUAUGUAAAAAAUAUGAAUGUUUCGAAAAGAAUUACCUUCUCUACCGGGAUUUUUGGUUGCUUUAUUAUCGUCUUGGCUAUUGGAUGUAUUGUUGGCGGAAUUGUUGCAAUGACUGAAGUGUCUGAUGAUGUUUCAAGUGUUGGUCUUUGGGCAAUAUAUUUCCUUUGCUCUGGUAUUGUUCUCGUCAUUGCUGGUUUUGGCCGAUUUAAUUUGUUGAUGUCUGCUGGUGUUGGGUUAAAUACCGUAGGAAUCUUCUUGUCUAUAGCAGCGAUCGCAUAUGCUUCUGGUGUUUGGGUCUCCCUUGAUUCCUGUGAGUCAGAAGCAGAGAAAUGCAAAUGUAAAGCUGUUUAUGACGAUUCUGAUCAUAGAACCUAUUCCAAUUCUUGUUCUGAUUUGGAAACUGUUAAAGAUGUUACUCUGGCAGUAAUUAUUUUGUAUGCUGUUCUUUUUCUUUUUUCGCUCUUUGCUUUGCUUGUUGGUAUUUAUGCUGUUAUCAUUAGAACCCAGAACUUUACUGAUGAAAAGGAAUCUUCAAAAGACGGUCAACCCAAAGAUGUCAUAAGCUAUACAGGGCAAGGUUUUGACUUUGGAGACGGUACAUAUUCGUCAGUUGGAUUACCAGGACCACUUCCAAACCAGGGAACACAAAAUGUUAGUGCAAAUCAAUCUCAACAACUCUGGACGACGACAGACGAACCAUUAUAUGUUCGCGAAACGCGUUACAUGAAAAAUCCAGCAGCCGCUUAUGAACAAAAUCCCAUUUACGAUACUGGAAAUACAACUUCGUUUUAAUGGUUGAAGGUCCGUCAGUCAUGAUGGUAAUAUUUAUGGGUUGUGUCUUAACCAUUCUUGGUAAGCCUGUGGUACGGUAUGUAUUUUAUUAACAUAAUGCUUACUAUUAUUAGGAAAAAGAUUUAAAAUUUGCUCACCUGAAAGGCGAAUUUGAUUCCUUCGUUGUCAGCAAUAUUUUCAGACAAACUUUUUUGAUCAUUAAUCUACACAUAUAUUUGUAUUUUGUUUUUAAAAGUCCUUGGUUUUUUUUUAUAUAUUUGAAGCUUUUUAAUGUAACAAGAAAGGACAUUACAGGAUCAUAUACCUGAAAA